GAGAGGAUGACCCCUUUUUAAAUGUUGACUCACUGGAAGGUGGCUUGUCAUUAGGUUGCUAGACAACUUGUGAAGCCAGUAGAGCGACUCUGUUUAAAUAGCCACUGGGUAAAUAUUGUAUCUGCGAGAGAGAAAGAGAAAAGGAAUCAUACGCACACCACAGUCAUUAUUCGUUGGCAACCAAACCAUGUCUGCACAGAGGAAACACAAAGCUGUUUAACGUGGCCCCGGAGAAAGAAGAGGAGAUGUGCGUAAAAGCUGCAGGAAGGUGCGCUCCUGGUUUCGGGCUCCUGCUCCUGGAGGAUCUGUGGGAUUGCCCUGUGUGUGUGUGUGUGUGUGUGUGUGUGUGUGUGUGUGUGUGUGUGUGUGUGUGUGCGUGUUGUUGUGUUUUCUCCCAGCAGUAUCUAAAUAUAUGCUGGUGACAAAUAGUCCAAAUACAGUAGCAACCCAACUGUGAUGUGGGGGUGGCGCUGAGAGAGCGGCUCCAUCUCCACAAGUCCCCUCUGUCGGAUCCGGAGUGCGUCAGGAGAAGCAGGGCGCGCGGAGUCUCAGCUGCCACCUGCACUUGGAACGGUCCCUUCCUCCAUCCCUCUCGACCAUGAAGAGACAGAACGCCCGGACCCUCGCCCUCAUCGUCAGCAUCCUCACGUACCUGGUGGUCGGGGCGGCCGUGUUCGAGACCCUGGAGUCGAAGCAGGAGAAGAGUCACAAGCGGCGGCUCGACGCCAGAAAGUACGAGCUCAUGCGCAAAUACAACUUGAGCAAAGCGAACUUCGAGGAGCUGGAGCUCGUGGUGCUGCAGCUCAAACCGCACAAGGCGGGAGUCCAGUGGAAGUUCGCGGGCUCCUUCUACUUCGCCAUCACUGUGAUCACGACGAUCGGUUAUGGCCACGCGGCGCCCAGCACCGACUCGGGGAAAGUGUUUGUGAUGUUCUACGCCCUCCUGGGGAUCCCUCUCACCCUGGUCAUGUUCCAGAGCCUGGGCGAGCGCAUCAACACGUUCGUCAGGUACCUGCUGCACCAAGCCAAGAAGUGCCUGGGGAUGCGUCAGACCGAGGUCUCCAUGGCGAACAUGGUGACCGUGGGCUUCUUCUCCUGCAUGAGCACUCUGUGCGUGGGGGCUGUGGCCUUCUCCCACUGUGAGGGAUGGAGCUUCCUCCACGCGUACUACUACUGCUUCAUCACGCUCACCACCAUCGGCUUCGGGGACUACGUGGCCCUGCAGAGGGACGACGCGCUGCAGAACGACCCGCGCUACGUGGCCUUCUGCUUCGUGUACAUCCUGAUGGGCCUGACGGUGAUCGGGGCGUUUCUGAACCUGGUGGUGCUUCGCUUCCUCACCAUGAACACUGAGGACGAGCGGAGGGACGCCAAGCAGAAGGCCCUGAUGUCCGUCUGCAAGUCCCGAGGCGAGGUGGCUCGUCUUAUACCGCUCUCGGCCUCAACGUCCUCCACUCCUGUAGCAAACGACAGCUCCAGGGCUAAAGAUCUAAAAGGUGCCUACACCGAGGUGCUUCACUUCCAGACUAUAUGCUCGUGCCUGUGGUACCGGAGCAAGGAGAAGCUGCAGGGCUCCAUACCCACCAUGAUCCCUCAGGAGCUGACCUUCUCCGAUGCCUACUUGCAACAGAUCAACAACUGCUCUCCCUACAUGGAGCCCGGAUCGACAGGCUGUGUCUGUGGUCCACGUCAGUGCACGAGCAUCAACUCCUCCACAGCCGGGCUGCGCUUCUUCUCCCCGUUCAGGGUGUUCAAGAGACGCAGCUCCGUCUAGCCUUUCUCUCCCUGCAGCCGAUUUCAGGUUUGGCACGAUACGUCCUCACUGUCAAGCUGACAACGGAUACUUGAACAGUCCUCCCAGCAAAGACACGACUGCAGGUAGAUGUUCCUGGUGCUAUAAUCCCAGUAAACCAACAGUAGGAGGCAGAAAAGGGAAACAAACACACAGCACUGUCAACGGCAAGAUCCUAAUCAAAUAUGUGUUUAAGGAAGAGCAGCUGCCAUUGUUUUGACUUCAGGUGUUUAAGGGGCGUGCAGUUAUUUGAAGAGCCGUGUGGGCGUGAACAUGUGUGUCACAUGAACAAAUGAACACGGCCCAGGACAUGUGAUGUGAAAGCAGAGCAGGAGCUGAAGGAGCAGACUGAGCAAAUAUCUGAAACAUCUCUCUACAGCAAAUCCCAUUUUUUAUGUUUAUGUUUCUCUUCACUCACUUUAGAAAACAUCUUUUUAAAGCUUUAAUUAGUUCAUUGCUGUUAUUUUGAGUUAUUUGGGAAUAUGUGUCGAUGCUUUUUCUUUAUUAACUUCUCCUCACAGUGAAAUCAUGAUUCCCUCAAACUUGAUUUAAACAAACCGUGACUGCCCGAACCUUUUCAGAACUGACACACACACACACACACACACUCAUAACUUCACAUGACUCACACGUGCAGUUGCCUCUGUUAUUGUGUCAUCGUGUGUCAGUGCUCUCGGCCUGAAACCCUGAUGCAUCCGAACACUGCAGAAGUUAUGUAACGUCACAAGUGGACAAGUUCGAUAAAAUGGUAAAAAAUGGUAAAACUGCAUCAGCAGCAAAGUCCAGUGAUCACAAGUAGACACUCACCAGCCCUGACGCCUCUUAACAUUCAGUCAGCAGCGGCAGAAAAACACAGAAAAGCUCAAAUUAUCACUCAUAGUUAAAUAUUACAUAACAUACACAACAGAUUUUCUAAUAUCCAGGUUCCUGUUUGGGUUUUGACUCUUUCUGCUAUUUUUUCUCCGCUGCUCUUUUCGACCUGAACAUCUGCGAAGCUUCACAGAACUCAUCCACCAUCACACAGAUUCACCUCUGGAUCAAACAGAGGAUAAAAACUAUUUUUAGAAAGCCGUCUGCGGGGACAGAUGGGAGAGUCGGGGGUGUUUUCUGUGUUUGGACAAUGGAUGAGGAGCCGGUUGUCAGAUAUGCCACAAUACACCGAGUCUGAGCGACUGACGCAAAAGUUCAAAUCCACCCUCAGACACUCUCUCUCGUUUUUCUGGGACUAUUUUAGUGUUCAGGAGAUUUUUCUUUUUUCUGUGUAGGCGACAAGAUGUGAAGUUUUUUUUUCUGGCAGCUACAGCAGAAGCUUUCAACCCCAAAGACGUUUGAUUGGUUUAAACCCUGCACAGAAAAUGGCAGUUUGGGGAAAAUCAAAUCAGAAAUGAGCAAUACAUUUAGAUUAUUUAUUAAUAUAUAUAUAUUAGAUCAUAUUUCUUGAUAACUGAUACAUUCUUUGCUCCAAAAACGUAUUUUCUUUUAAUAAUAUCUGACUCCCUGUUGUGUCAAUGAGAAAGCAUCAUAUGUAUUUUUCCCAGUUUUCCUGUUAACUGAUGAGCUGAUUUAUUUAUACACAUUAUCAAUCUGUUAGAUAAUGAAAUAACGAAACAAUAUUUGCACGACUGGGUAGAAGAUUAACUCUGUUAUCAUCAGCAAACAUCGAGGUGUUGUUAUUGGUAGGACAUCUAUGUAGAAAGAUGAAGGGCAUGCUGGGAAAUGUAGAUAGAAGAGGUGUUACGAACAAAAGUAUUAAGAUUAAGAUUAAUUUAUAUGUCCCAAACACAUGCACAGGCACACUCAUGCAGGUAGGGAAAUUUAACCUCUGCUUUUAAUCCAUCUGGUGAAGGACACAUAGAGCAGUGAGCGACCAUGUACGGUGCCCGGGGAGCAGAUGUUGGGGUAGUAAGGUGCCUUGCUCAGGGGCACUAGACAGGGUAGGGAGAAUCCUCUUGGAUUUUUGGACAGAUCAAUCCAGGUUCGUCUUUUUGUUGUUUCUCGGUGGAGUCGAACCAGAGACCUUUUCUGCCCAUAGUCCAAGUUUCUGCCACCAGUCCACACUACAAAUAAAAGUCCGGCACUCAAAAUCGUUACUUUAGUAAUAAUACAGGGAAACGGCUAAAUAUACUUGAAGUAUCAAUAAUAAAAUUGUGACAGAUUUAAUUGUUUGAAUAUUACAGAAAGUGUUUCAUAAUAUUUCCCUCCGAAAUGAUUAUUUCACAAAAAUGUAAAAGAAAGUGGAAAAAUAAGGUUCAAUAAACAAACAUCAAUGAAAACAUAGGUAGAGGAAAUAAAUGGAACAUCACAGAUUGUUGAUAUUCUGAACGUCUUCAGGGGGAUUUUCUUUUUCCCUCGUUUGUUGUAUUUCUCCUGUGGGUUCAGAUCCCACCUGAGUGACGACAACAUGAUCUCCUUUGUUUUCUGAGAAUCUGAGACCGGCACUUCAUGGAACACUUGAGUUGCACAUGUGAAAAAAAGGGAAAAUCAUGAUUGUAUCUGUAUCAUUUUAAUUUGCUUUUAAAACAACCAAUGACCCAGAAGACAAUUGUACUGUAUCCUGUUGCACUUACAGGUUUUCCCUGUGUGCUUUGGAAAAUAAAAACAUUUUUAAACGCA